UAUUGAGAAGUUGCCAGUGUGUGGCUAGCCUGAGUGUUUUCGUUUUGUUACUUCAUUUAGAACAGGUUUAACUGAAGGUUUGAAUGAAAAAGUGUGUCCCACAUUGUCCUGUGCAAUGCUUCAGAUGAUGGAUACGACCCAGUUCCAUGAUGACAUUCUGAAAGAAGUCACUGAUGAUGAGAUGGGGGUAUUAGCAGACUUGUACAAAAAUCAGAGUAUUAUGCCGAAUGCAAGUAAUGCAUUGAGCAACUCAAAACGUCAGAGGCAACAGGGAUGUUGUGCCAUGAGAAUUUUGUCUCCUAAGAAUGGAAAAGAGGAUGGAACUUUUUUUGUAUUGUUAGAGUAUGGCCAAGAAUAUCAAAUAGCAGUCUUCACAUUAGAUAUGACUGGCGAGACAAUAUAUGGAAGUCUAAUGGAAACCAGAAGGAUAGAAUUUGACAAGGCAAUAUGUUUCUAUGGAAUUGACUAUAAAAUUUAUGCAACCAUCGAACGAGUACUGAAAAAUAAGAACAUGAAAGUGAAAUAUCCCUCUCUUUUUUAUAUUUACAGCAUUCCAAUAGAGGAAGCAAUGCUUCUCAAUAAUUCAGAAUGUCCUGAUGAUGUGAAGUUUGAAAAGAUCGAACUAAGUCACAUCCAAACAGCCAAAUCUGUAUGGUUUUUCGAUGAUUAUAACCGAUCUUACGAGUAUGUGUGUUCUUUGAUUGAACACAAUGGUGGUGUCGGUUUGUUUUUGAAAUCCACUAAUGAACUAGUUGCAUGGAUAUUGAAAAGUGCACUUGGUGAACUCGGAUUACUGCAUACUUUGGAAAAAUAUAGAGGUAGAGGAUUUGCUGAAAUACUUGUGAAAGAACUGAGUAGGCAGAUUGCACAAGAAGGUGAUGAACCUACAGCUAUGAUAUCAUUGUCAAACGCUGCGUCGAAGAGCUUGGCUGAAAAAGUAGGACUCAGAUGCCAGAGUAUGACCUAUUGGUUUUCUGUGGAAAAAGUAAAUUUGAAGAGUGCUCUUUAGAAACUAUAUUCGGAGUCUCACAUGUAAUAUACUACUUAUUAUUCGUACAAGUUUGUUACUUACUGUGUAAUUUGAUGAAAUGAAAAAUUAUAAGUAUAAUCUUUUAGAA